GCUGGUGUUGUUGUGAGGAGCUGUGCCUGCACUAGAAGAAGGAUGUGGAUACUACAAUUCAAUAUUUGGGCAUUUUUGUUGCUUUUUGUGGGACAGUAUCGCUCAUUCGCCCUUCAAGAUGUGACAGUCGACCUUUUCGGUGCCGAAAAUUACGGGACGGUGGCCGCGUUUGGAGAUUUCUACGCGGAUAAGCAGACAGACAUGUUCAUUAUCAGAGGGCAGUCUGAACUGGUGAUAUUCUUGGCUGACUCGAAACCACCUUACUUCAAGCCCAAAGUUAACAUCUCCAAGGACAUCUUACCAGGGGAGAACGUCUUCACCAGUGUGGUUCCCGGGGACUAUGAUGGAGACUCUCAGAUGGACGUCCUUCUUACAACUCAGAGCCAGAACUCCAAGAUGACAACUGUUUUCAUCUUUUGGGGGAACAACCAGACAUUAGAUGUGAGUGGGUGGCUCAAGCUGAACAAGACCUUUACAGAUCAACCUCUUGUUAUGGAUUUCAAUGGGGACAUGAUCCCGGAUAUUUUCGGAGUCACCAAUUCCGAACCACCCCUAUUCACCGAAGUGUGCUAUCUCACCAAAAGGGCUCAAGUGUGGGGGAAAGCACUGAGUUCACCUGUCAACAUGCGCAACCCUCACUCUAACGCUUUCAUUGACCUCAACAGGGACUUCACCGCUGAUCUGUUCCUGACAACUGAAGGGCCUAUGUUUGAGACCUGGAUCAGCAAGGACGGGAACUUCGUCAGAGAAGACGUCAUGCCGUCAGAGCCACCAUCCAAGUUUGUCGGGCAGUCCUCCUUCGCCGACUUCGAUGGUGAUGGCUACCAGGACCACCUCCUCCCCGUGUGUCUGGAUGCCGCCUGUCAACGCAGUGCCAUCUACCUGGCCAAGUCGGGCUCAAAGGAGUGGGAACCAGUGCUGUUGGAUUUCCAGCGGAAGGAAACGAUUUGGAGCUUUGCGCCAGGGAAACCCGGCCAACCCAUGGCCCUGCACUUCGGGGACUACAACCUGGAUGGCUUCCCUGAUGCCCUGGUGGUCCUCCGCAACACCAGUGGCAGUGCUCAGCAGGCCUUUCUGUUGGAGAACGUGCCCUGUAACAACGCCAGUUGCCAUAGCGUUGGGAGGAUGUUCCACAUCCACUGGGAACAGUCGGAUUUGGGAGCCAUCCAAAAUGCCGUCAUGGCAACAUUCUUUGACAUCUAUGAGGACGGUAUAUUAGACAUGCUGGUUCUGAGCAAGGCAGAGGGCAAAACCGACUUGAUCAUCCACGCUUUGAAGAACAAUUAUGAAGCUGAUGCCUACUUCGUUAAAGUGAUGGUGCUCAGCGGCCUCUGCUCCAAUGACUGUCCAGAAGAUGUCAAGCCUGUUGGUGUUAACCAGCCAGGUCCAUAUGUCAUGUACACCACAACGGACUCCAACGGCAACCUGAAGAACGCCUCAGCCGGUCAGUUGAGCCAGUCGGCUCACUUCUCCCUCCAGCUGCCCUACACUGUGCUGGGCCUCGGACGGAGCGCCAACUUCCUGGAUCACCUUUUCGUCGGCAUCCCCCGGCAGCCUGGAGAGACGGAAAUAAGGAAGAAGGAGUGGACGGCCAUCAUUCCCAACUCUCAGCUCAUCGUCAUCCCCUUCCCACACAACCAGCCCCGCAGUUGGAGCGCUAAGUUGUACCUGACUCCCAGCAACAGCGUGUUGCUGACUGCCAUUGCACUGAUCGGAGUGUGCGUCUUCAUCCUCGUCAUUAUUGGCAUCCUCCAUUGGCAAGAGAAGAAAGCGGACGACCGGGAGAAGAGGCAGGAAGCCCACCGUUUCCAUUUCGAUGCCAUGUGAAGGAGGAGAACUGCAUCAUGGGAGAACAUCCUCUCCGCCUUCGCCUCACCCUCCUUCCCCCGUCACACACACAUUUUCACUCAGUCUCGUUUUCAAGGGCCAAUAAACGGAUCCUCGUUUGCCCCAAAACGUUUCCUUUUUAUAUUUCUCAGUCCUUCAGUCAGAUGUGAAAUAUUUAUGUUCCCUUUCAUAUAUUCAUUCCAGUGUUAGAUGUACAGGAGCUCCAACAAGGCCAUGGAGACUUGGGGGAAAUCCUAAUGGAGAUAAAGCAGGGAUUUCUUUGGACCGGCUGUAGUCAGCAGCAUGAUGAUCAUUGGUGUUAUUAGAGGAUCAUUUUUUAUCAAAAAUGACCCCAUAUUUCUGUUAAAACGUCUGACAAAUGACUCCAACAUUGUUAGUUAUAUUGUUUGUUUAUUCACUGGAAGGGAAGCACUUGUGUCAUUGAGUGUUUAAAAUGUUUAAUGUUACUUGAAAUCAGUGUGUGUGUGUGUGUUACUGUCCAUUGUCUUCGUCCAGUUGAUUUACCUCUGUCUGUUUUCAUUUUAUUGAAUUACAGUAAAGAAAUUCUUCCGAUUUUUUAUUACCUGUGAAAUUAAACUGAACUGUAUUCUGUGAGAUCAAUCUCAGCCUUGCAACCGCAGCAGCACCUAGUGCAAAACGAACACAAUAUGGAUAAUAUGACACACGCAACAUCAUGAUUCUGUGGAACAUUUCUGUGCUACCAAUCUCACCAACAAAUGAUGAAAUGCCUUCGGGUCUGCUGAGUGCAAAUUCGUCUUUUUCUCAGUUGAUCAUAUCACAGUGCAUCAUCGGAGUGCCAAAAAAAAAGUGUUACUCUGUUGCAUCCUGCACAUUUCUAAUGCUACUGCAUCGAGGCUCAGCGAAAAGUCUCAAAUAAUGGUUUUGAACUGCUGAAGAAGGCACCGUUUACUCCCGCUUGUUUCGAGAUGCGGUUUUAUUUUCUGUUGUCUUUCUUUUCUAAAGAUAAACAGGUCAAGCGUUUAGUGUUCUUCGAUAUUUAUUUCACUAGAAUGAGCUCAUGCCUUUACAAGCGGUUUGCACUUUUAAACGAAUGAUUAAUUGCUGGUGUAUGUAAUUUAUUUCAUUUUGGCAAUUUGUUUUACAAAUGAAUGUUCAAGCUACUAAUUGUGUUUACUUACUGAGGUUUCGAAUAAAGGUUUC